CUUUUAAUAUAGUAGAUCAUCAGCAGGGACAGCACUGCAAGUUGGAAGCGGUUGAAAGUCACAUUACAUCAUGUGUCAAAGGGGUUAAGAGGACAAAAAAAAAUUGGACAAGUAACGAUAUAUAUGUGGCAACACCUGAAUCAUACUGUAAAAAUUCAACACUAGUGACUUUAUUGAUCAAUUUCAAUAUGAAUUAAAUGAAAGAAUGUGUACUCAUGUCAAAUUUAAUUUUUUAUUUAUAAUAAACACUGCUCGUGCGUUUCAGCCAUAGCUCUGCCUCGGAGCAUCCCUAUUUCUGUUUAGCGUGUGUGAUUUCAGAUAAUAUACCGGUACAAUUAAGAAUCAAGGGGUUGGGAAUAUCUCAAAAGUCAUAAGGUGGGAAAAUUAUUGACUAAAAUGAUUUUUUGUUUUGGGAAUCGGACUACAUUACCCUCUUUGUGUGGAUUGUCCUUCUUGGCUCGCCAUAGACUUACCGAUGGUAUCCUAGCAACCCAAACAGUAGAUAUUCAGAGCGAGAGGCAGCGCGUCAGAUGAGCUAAAAAACCGCACAUAAAUUGAUAAAUACUUUGCAUCUACACCGUAUGUGCUAGUGUUACCAGUGCUAACGUAAUUUCAGUUUAACUUUAAUGUUGCGUAGACAGAACUGUCUAAACACAUUUAACUUUGAGGAUACACAGAUGCUUGUUUAGCACAAGUUACACGGGAAGAUGGACCAAACCCCAUUUCGUCGUAUUUAUGUGGAGAGAACUCUGGCCCUCAUUAAACCAGAUGCCGUCCACAAAAGUGAGGAGAUAGAGGACAUUAUCCUCAAGUCGGGCUUCACUAUCCUACAGAAGCGGAAGCUGCAGUUAAGUCCAGAGCAGUGCAGUGACUUCUACGCAGACCAGUAUGGAAAGCUCUUCUUUCCCAGCCUGACUGCCUUCAUGAGCUCUGGCCCCGUCAUCGCCCUCACUCUGGCCCGUAACAAUGCAAUUGCCCACUGGAAGUCCAUCAUAGGACCUGUCAACAGCACCAAGGCCAGAGAAACUCAUCCAGAAUGCCUUAGAGCAAAAUAUGGCACUUCUGACUUGAAGAACGCACUUCAUGGUAGCGAGUCAUUUCAUGCAGCUGAGAGGGAGAUUAAAUUCAUGUUCCCAAACUCUGUAAUCGAGCCCUUUCCUACAAGAGAGGCAACCGAAGAAUACCUGAGCAGAUACGUAAACCCGACUUUGCUACAUGGACUCACUGAGCUCUGCAAGCACAAACCUCUCAACCCCUGUAUUUGGCUUGCUGACUGGCUGAUCAAACACAAUCCAAACAUGCCUCAAAUAUGUGAAGAAGCCAUUGUGGAAGAAGCAGAAUGACAUCUGGGGAAAAAGAGGGAUGAAUACAUAAUUCCAAGUGAUCUAGCAGAUUUGUCUGUUCAGUCCUUUGAUCAAAUAAAAUGCCUUUUUUUACCACUAA